AUGGCGUCGUCGAAGGUGAUGGCAUCCAGGUCACCGCCCAAUCCGGAUCUGACACUCAGGGUUUCGGCUCCGAUUAUUACUACCGGAACAUGUACACCGAAUCCGAUUCCUUCGCUCGGCGGCGGCGGAAGUGGAGAUGGCGGCGUCGGGGUGCGAUCGUCCGCAAUUGACGGCGGCGGCGGUGGAGAAAUGAGGAGCGGGGACGCGAAUCGUGUGGUGGCUGGUGGCUGGAGGGAUUUUAUGAGCGGUGGUGCUCCGAACAACACGGCUAUGGUUCUGGACGAUUUGAUCGCGAAGGCUAGGGCGGCGAACGAGGAGGAUGUCGGCGUUCUGGCGAUGGCGACGAGGUCCGCGCCGCCGCCGCCGCCUGCGGUGGGCGGCGCUUUUGGAAUCGAAACGGUUAUGAUGAAUCCGGCGGCUCAGUUUGCAUCGGCGGCGUGCGUGCGGAGUGGCUUCGGUGUGGAAUUUGGGAGUGGAAUGGCGGCGGUGAGUGGGAAAGGGAAGAGGAGGGCGGCCGUAGAGGAGGCGCCGCUCGACAAGGCCACCCAGCAAAAGCAGAGACGCAUGAUUAAGAACAGAGAGUCCGCUGCUCGGUCUAGGGAGCGAAAGCAGGCAUAUACAGUAGAGUUGGAAUCACUAGUGGCACAACUAGAGGAGGAUAAUGCUGGCCUUUUGAAGGAAGAGGCCGAACUCAACAGAGAGAGAUAUACGCAGCUAAUGGAGAAUGUAAUUCCAGUCACAGAGAAACGGAGACCGAAAAAAGUAUUACGAAGAGUGCGUUCAAUAUGAAUGGUAUGGCUUUGAUAAUAAAGAAAAGGUAUAACAGAAACUCGUUUUUCGUUGUGCGAGACGACAUUCUUGGGAUGGCUUUAAAUUGUUAUAUUUUGACUUCGGAUGAUUUUUUUUUAUUUUUUUUUAUUUUAUUUAUGUUUGUUUGUAACGGGAGAAAAGAAAAGACGAAAUGGAGAAGCCGUCGAAGAAACCUGUAACCGAAAAGAGAAGUUAGAUAGAUAUAUAGUUUUACAUUUCUAGUUAGUUAUAUAGCAUAGCUAGGUAUUCUUUUUAUUUAUGCAGUGCUGAUGAUUUUUUCAAUAAUUUCUAAUGUAGUAGUAUUCUUUGAAGCAGCAAAUUUUUGGCUUAUGUCUUAUGAAUAAAGGAGAAUUUGCU